CGGGCUCCGAGGGCCGGGUAGUCGGAGUGUGCGCGCGCGCGUCUGGGAAUGUGGGUCUGUGUGUGAGGGAGCGCGAGCGCCCACGUCUGUCUGCGCGCUGAGCGCCAGUGCCUGCCUUCUCCGCCGUCGCCGCUGUCUGCGAGAGCGUUUGCACUUCUCCCGAGCAUCUGGUUCAGCAUGCAAGAAGAAGUAAGGAGUGAGGAAACGCAGAACUAAUGGGCCAUGAGGAUGUAAGCGUGUUCGAAGGCUGCCUUACAUACCACUCCAGGACAGAAUCAUGAAUAAACUGGAGGACAAGCAGGACCAGAUGAUACCAUGAAGAGAAGUUUACAGGUCCUCUAUUGCCAACUGUUUAGUGUUCUCUUGAUCUUGGCACUGACAGAAGAGCUGGUUUUUGCCACCCAGGAACCGUCUCCCAGGGAGUCACCUCAGAGCCCCCAGAUGGACACUCCCCCCGUUGCCAUGGCGACAGUGCCCCCCAGUUCCACCAGUCACCAUGCCACAGCGCCCGCCCCCACCACUGUGGUGGCCACAGUUCCCCAGACCAGCGGACGCCCCCUGACAGCUAGCGCCCCGACCACGGUGGCCAGGAAACCCCCCCACUCCAAGAAACACCCCCUUCCCAACGCCACUCCGGCCACCUUGGAGACGGCCACGCGCCGGCCCCCACGGCCCCCACGGCCCCCCGGCUCUUCGAGGAAGGCUCCUCGCCCACUCCCCGCCGGUGGCGGUGCUGGCCGGAAGGAGUCCCAGCGGGCACGCAACCAGAGCGCCCUCCGGCCUCUUGGGAAAAUCUUUCAGAUUUACAAAGGCAACUUCACGGGGCCCACGGGGCCCACGGAGCCCGGCCCCCACGGGGAGCCCCAUCCCUCCACCCCCACUUAUAAUCCAAUUUAUAAUCGCUCCUCCGAUUCUCCGGGCUCCCGGGCUGUGACUGCCACCGCCACCCCGAAGCCCGAUGGCGCAGUGCGGGGGCCCUCGGACUCUGCCCUCCGGCAGACCGAGCGAGAGAGCGGCCCUUCCCCCAGCAGCCACGGAAGGGAGCCCCAGGCCACGGGCGUGGUCCCCGAGCCUCCCACUGACCCAGAAACCACCACAGUGCCUUCUCAGCCCUCGCACAGUGAGCCGUCCCGGGACGUCCCAAGACUCAGCGACUCCUGGCUCCCCCCGACCCCAGGAACCAGCGUACCUUUGUUUGCCAGCCCCGGGGUCUUCACAGCCCCCGCAGGCUCUGUCCAGGCUGCCUUUAACGUCAGUGUUUCAUCCCCGGUGGUGGGGAGCCCUCAGGGAGCUUCUUCUACAACCCAGCAGGCCCUGGCCAGCCCUGAUCUGCAACCCAGCAGCGCCCUUUCUAGCAGGAGCCCUCAACUACUGUUCAGCACUCUCGUCUCCCAGAGCCCCAGCCUGGAGUCCAGCAGGAGCCCCGAGCUGCUGCCCAGCAUCCUGUCCUCCCGGAACCCCGGUCUUCUGUCCAGUAGCACUGGCUCUGCUCAGAGCCCAGCCCUGCGCCCAGGCAGCACCCUCCCCACCAAGAGCUCCCCUUUAUUCUCUAGCAGCAUCCUCCCCACCAAGAGCCCCCCUUUAUUCUCCAGCAGCACCCUCCCCACCAAGAGCCCCCCUUUAUUCUCCAGCAGCACCCUCCCCACCAAGAGCCCCCCUUUAUUCUCCAGCAGCACCCUCCCCACCAAGAGCCCCCCUUUAUUCUCCAGCAGCACCCUCCCCACCAAGAGCCCCCCUUUAUUCUCCAGCAGCACCCUCCCCACCAAGAGCCCCCCUUUAUUCUCCAGCAGCAGCCUCCCCACCAAGAGCCCCCCCUUAUUCUCCAGCAGCAGCCUCCCCACCAAGAGCCCCCCUUUAUUCUCCAGCAGCAGCCUCCCCACCAAGAGCCCCUCUUUAUUCUCCAGCAGCACCCUCCCCACCAAGAGCCCCCCUUUAUUCUCCAGCAGCACCCUCCCCACCAAGAGCCCCCCUUUAUUCUCCAGCAGCACCUCCCCACCAAGAGCCCCCCUUUAUUCUCCAGCAGCAGCCUCCCCACCAAGAGCCCCCCUUUAUUCUCCAGCAGCACCCUCCCCAAGAGCCCCCCUUUAUUCUCCAGCAGCACCCUCCCCACCAAGAGCCCCCCUUUAUUCUCCAGCAGCAGCCUCCCCACCAAGAGCCCCCCCUUAUUCUCCAGCAGCACCCUCCCCACCAAGAGCCCCCCUUUAUUCUCCAGCAGCACUCUCCCCACCAAGAGCCCCCCUUUAUUCUCCAGCAGCACCCUCCCCACCAAGAGCCCCACUUUAUUCUCCAGCAGCACCCUCCCCACCAAGAGCCCCACUUUAUUCUCCAGCAGCACCCUCCCCACCAAGAGCCCCAUCCUGCUCCUCAGCAGCACCUUUUCCCCCAAGGGCCCCCCUUUAUUCUCCAGCAGCACCCUCCCCGAGAGUCCCACUCUACUCUCCAGUAACACCCUUGCCCCCAAGAGCCCCACCCUGCUCCCCAGCAGCACCCUUGCCCCCAAGAGCUCCACCCUGCUCCCCAGCAGCACCCUCCCUUCCAAGGGCCCCAUUUUGUUCUCCAGCAUCACUCUUGCCCCCAAGAGCCCCACUCUAUACUCCAGCAGCACCCUCCCCCCCAAGAGCCCCACUUUUCUCCCCAGUACAAUACCCCCCAAGAGCUCCACUUUUUUCCCCAGCACAUUAUUCCCCAAGAGCCCCACUCUACUCUCCAGCAACACACUUCCCUCCAAGAGCCCCACUUUUCUCCCCAGCAGCACCCUCCCCCCAAGGAGCCCUACUUUGCUCUCUGGCACCACCCUAUCCCCAAGGAGCCCCACUUUUCUCCCCAGCAGCACCCUCCCCACCAAGAAGCCCCACUCUACUCUCCAGCAACACACUUCCCUCCAAGAGCCCCACUUUUCUCCCCAGCAGCACCCUUGCCCCCAAGAGCUCCACCCUGCUCCCCAGCAGCACCCUUGCCCCCAAGAGCUCCACCCUGCUCCCCAGCAGCACCCUCCCCACCAAGAGCCCCAUCCUGCUCCUCAGCAGCACCUUUUCCCCCAAGGGCCCCCCUUUAUUCUCCAGCAGCAGCCUCCCCACCAAGAGCCCCAUCCUGCUCCUCAGCAGCACCUUUUCCCCCAAGGGCCCCCCUUUAUUCUCCAGCAGCACUCUCCCCACCAAGAGCCCCCCUUUAUUCUCCAGCAACACCCUCCCCAAGAGCCCCCCUUUAUUCUCCAGCAGCACCCUCCCCACCAAGAGCCCCCCUUUAUUCUCCAGCAGCAGCCUCCCCACCAAGAGCCCCCCCUUAUUCUCCAGCAGCACCCUCCCCACCAAGAGCCCCCCUUUAUUCUCCAGCAGCACUCUCCCCACCAAGAGCCCCCCUUUAUUCUCCAGCAGCACCCUCCCCACCAAGAGCCCCACUUUAUUCUCCAGCAGCACCCUCCCCACCAAGAGCCCCACUUUAUUCUCCAGCAGCAUCCUCCCCACCAAGAGCCCCAUCCUGCUCCUCAGCAGCACCUUUUCCCCCAAGGGCCCCCCUUUAUUCUCCAGCAGCACCCUCCCCGAGAGUCCCACUCUACUCUCCAGUAACACCCUUGCCCCCAAGAGCCCCACCCUGCUCCCCAGCAGCACCCUUGCCCCCAAGAGCUCCACCCUGCUCCCCAGCAGCACCCUCCCUUCCAAGGGCCCCAUUUUGUUCUCCAGCAUCACUCUUGCCCCCAAGAGCCCCACUCUAUACUCCAGCAGCACCCUCCCCCCCAAGAGCCCCACUUUUCUCCCCAGUACAAUACCCCCCAAGAGCUCCACUUUUUUCCCCAGCACAUUAUUCCCCAAGAGCCCCACUCUACUCUCCAGCAACACACUUCCCUCCAAGAGCCCCACUUUUCUCCCCAGCAGCACCCUCCCCCCAAGGAGCCCUACUUUGCUCUCUGGCACCACCCUAUCCCCAAGGAGCCCCACUUUUCUCCCCAGCACCCUUCCUCCCCAAAACCCCACUGUACUCUCCAGCAUCACCCACCCCUCCAGGAGCCCCACCCCAUUCUCCAGCAGGGCCCUUCCUACUGCUGAGGGGCAUGUGAUCGCCCACACAGUUGCCAGCAGAGUGCCCGGUCCCUUCUCUACGGUGGGCUCCACUGCUACAGGAAACUUCCUAAACAGACUGGUCCCUGCGGGCACCUGGAAGCCUGGCAUGCCAGGGAACAUCUCUCACGUCACCGAGGGGGACAAGCCCCAGCACAGACCCACCAUCUGCCUGAGCAAGAUGGACAUUGUCUGGGUGAUCUUGGCCAUCAGCGUGCCCAUCUCCUCCUGUUCGGUCUUGCUGACUGUGUGUUGCAUGAGGAGGAAGAAGAAAACAUCAAACCCAGAAAACAACCUGAGCUAUUGGAACAAUGCUAUCACCAUGGAUUACUUCAACAGGCAUGCUGUGGAGCUGCCCAGGGAGAUUCAGUCCUUGGAAACUUCUGAGGACCAGCUCUCAGAGCCCCGCUCCCCGGCCAACGGAGAUUACAGAGGCAGCGGGAUAGUACUUGUAAACCCUUUCUGUCAAGAAACGCUGUUUGUAGGCAGCGACCAAGUGUCUGAGAUCUAACCGGCACCAGCUUGCUCGCGUUACAAUUCUGUGCUUUCCGUCUCUAAAUUAUAAAUACAUAUAUAUAUAUAUAUAUUAUAAAUAUAACCUUUGUGUAACCCUGACUUAAUGAGAAACAUUUUCAGCUUUUUUUUCCUAAGAAUUGUCAACAUCUUUUUUAUAAGUGUGGUUGAAAAGAAAACUUUACAGAAUGACCUGUGGCUUUAUAAAAUAAAGGCAUUUCUAAGUAAAAUGGUCACUCCAAUUACUUCUCUUGGUAUCUAUCCUCAAAGUUAUGUGAGGAAAUUAUUUUCACAAGGCCCCAAAGUCAAAUAAGUUGCCUGACCUCAGUCUCUGUCUGAUUUAUCUAUACUCCUAAUAUGGUCAACUGUAUUGCCAUUUAUGUGGUCCAUAGGGGCCAAUCCCCUCUCAUCUGAACCUGUUCCCACAUUUCCUAAUAUUCUCCCGAGAGAAGGAACCAAGGUCAUUUGGGCAUAAGGGGUAACCAGAUUCACAAAAGAGGGAGUGGGGAGAAGGGCCAUACGAUCGUCAAAUUAAGGCUGAAAUGGACCUUAGAAAGUAUCAGUCCCAAUUCUGUCAUUUUGACAGAUGAGGUAACUGAGGCCCAGCAUGGUUGAUUGAUCUGCCGAAGUUCUCAUAGCUAGUCAAUGGGAGAGCUCUCCACAGAGCCCAGGAUCUCUGAUUACAAAAUCCACUUCCCAUUAUACCACACUGGGCUGCCUCCCUGUAACUAUCUCAGAGCGAGUUCUCUAGGUCAGCUAGCCAUCCAGACUAUUUUGCCAUUUGCUAUAAAGCAAAAUUCCAUCCAAGCUUUUGGAACUUGGUCAAGGAAUUAUAGUCAUGGAAGUACUAAAUGGACUGCCUCAUACGUCAAUUCACCUUAUGAGAAACUCGUAAGGCACAGCACCAAGAGAUAGCGUGCUGUAAUGAGAAAAGAAAAAAAAAAAAAAAAAAAACAGUGGAUUUGUAGUAAAAAGACCUGGAAUCAAAUCCUAUUUCUUCCCCUUUCUGCCUGCAACUCUGGACAAAUUAUUUCAGUCCUCUGGGUCUCAGUUUUCCCCAUCAAAAAAUAAGGGAUUUGUUCUAGUUGGUAUUAAGAGCCCUUUCGGUCCUAAAUCUUAUGACAGAAUCUUAUGCCAUAGAACAGCAUGAUGGAAAUUAUUUUGGUGGUCAUAAAAAUAUUUUGUCUUUUAACCACUUCUCUCCCAUUCAUAACUAUUAACUUUUAGAUGGAAGGAAAUUUGUGUUAGGAUUGCACUUCAACUUUUUAAAGAAGGGUAAGCCAUUUGCCAUCCCCAAAAGAAUACUUAGGACAAAGCUAUUCAUCAAAUGUUUUGUAGGCUUUUUUAAAACUAUGAAAAAAUUAUGUGGACACAUGGCUACUCUUACUUUCCUCUGAAAUAAGUUUCCCUCCUCCUGCAAUCUUAAAAAGAAUUAAAUUUCCAUGGCAAAUCAUUUAGAAGAAAAUGCCAAGUAAAUUCCUGCUAUACACUUCAGAAUGAAUCUCCAGAAGUGUAAAUCACUGCCCUCCUGGAUUUUCCCAGGAAUCGCAGUUCUUUUCCAUCCAGAACCUUUGAAAGCUUUAGUCAUUGUUGAGUGUUCCAACCCUCUCACCACUACCAUUGCCCACCCACGUAGGGAUCAAGCAAAUCAGUGACUCAGGAAGGACUCUUAAAGAGAGGUGACUUUCCCUUCCUUCACGAAUUGUCUAGAUCCUUGGGGAAAGAUAUUUUGGCCUUCCAAUUAACAAUGGAGUGGGUGACCGGAAAGGUCUCUAAAGGUUCCUUCUGAGAUUCUGUAACCCAGAAGACUUUGACUUGAAAUUCAGUAAAGCAAGGUUACAUUAAAGAAUUCCAAUCCAGUAUUUAUCAUUUGAUAAAUGAUUUUUUAAAUAGAAUAUAUUUUGAAUAUGUGUCAUUGAAGUUUGAUGGGGGAAUCCAAUAAUUAUUGCUUCAUCUACUUGUGUCAUUGCAUUAGGCUUUGUACCAUGGUUGUUUUUUUUUUCUCUUUCCUCUCCCAUUUCCUUGAAGAAAAAGAUGGCCCUCAAUGUGUGUGUCUUCCUUGUUGUACGAGCCUACCUGUGUGAGUUACUUUGUCACGUCUACUCUGAAGACUUACCCACUAGGGGAACUGUGGUUUAGGGAACCAUUAUUACCUGUCUCUGCUGUUGUUGUUUUUUAUUUUGUUUUAACCUAAACAUAGCGUUUCUGUUAGCCUACUGUGCUUAGCAUACCAAUGUGUGUAUAUAUAGAGAUACAUAUGUAAAGUAAAUCUAUAUAUAAUAUAUGUAAUCAAAGAUGCAUAUGUUAUAUAUAUAUGAACGUAUAACCUAUUUUUCUUGAUCUAUAAUAUUCAGCUACUAUGUAUAUACAAAUAAAUGUAUUUUAUUAGCCAGAGGCUUAAGUUCCUAA